AUGGAAGUCAUGGCACUGCAUGUGGAUCCUACAGGCUCGCCCGCCUCAGCAUCAAUCCCAACCCCAGGCACAGCUCAAAGAACCGAGAAAAAUGAGUUGAAUAAACUUGCUCAGCCAUCAAUUCAAACCAAGAAAUACCUCCACCGCAUAUCUCUUCACCCAACACUAACCCCCUACCGACGGCGCGUUUACCGCGUCCUUCUAUCCGUACCGUCGGGUCGCUGGACUACAUACUCAGCCAUGGCAACUUUUCUAGGUUCCAGUGCGCGGGCGGUGGGUAAUGCAAUGCGAACCAAUCCAUUUGCGCCCGAGGUCCCAUGCCAUCGGGUUCUCGCGGCGAAUGGGACGCUUGGUGGGUAUAAGGGAGAAUGGAAGGUUGAUGGGCAUAAAGCUGGGGGUGGCUUUUGCGAGGAGAAACGUCUGAGACUCGAAGAGGAGGGGGUCGUUUUUGUUGAUGGAAAAGUCAGCGGUGUCUGUUUCAAAGAAUUUGUCGAUCUUGGACAGAAGUGA